UCCUCUGUGUGUUUCCCCGCUUUGGGUUGUUGUUGUUGUUGUUGUUGCUAGCUAGCUAGCUAGCUUGUGUUGUGGCUAGUUAGCCGGCGGGAGGCUAGCGAGGCUAGCAAGGCUGCCGUCACAACAUACGGACGCAGUGACCGGCUGUUUGUUUACCGUCAGAUUAAAGCUGCGGGAUCAAUAUCCGCUUCACGCCCUCGACCAGCGAACCAACGAACACAGUCACAACACAAAGAUCAACGAGGCUAACGGGUGAAGGGUGAUAAUAUGGGCUGUGUACGUCUGCUGGCACUGACGCUGGCCACAUCUGUGCUGCUGCUGCUGUUGGCCUCCCACUCGAGCUCCGCCCACAGCCACUCGCAUGGCGACCACGGACACGGCCACCAUCACCACGGCCACCAUCACCACGGCCACCAUCACCACGGCCACUCGCACGGAGAAGAUGACGACCACCACGGGCAAGACGACGGCGCCCAGGUGAAGAUGUUCCAUGGCGCGAGCAAGUGGAGCGCCGAGGCCAACCUCCACGAGCCCGGAGAGGAGCAUCACGGACACGACCACGGGCACGCACACGACCACGGACAUGGACACGCACACGACCACGGACAUGGACACGCACACGACCACGGACAUGGACACGCUCAUCACGAGGAUGUUGUUCACGUGCACAAGGAGGAGAAGAGGGACACGGUGGAGCUGUGGAUGCAGGCCAUCGGCGCCACCCUGCUGAUCAGCGCUGCCCCGUUCCUCAUCCUGUUCCUGAUCCCGGUGCAGUCCAACAGCGACCAGCACCAGAACCUGCUCAAGGUGCUGCUCAGCUUCGCCUCUGGCGGACUGCUGGGCGAUGCCUUCCUGCACCUCAUUCCCCACGCUCUGGAGCCUCACUCGCAUCACGGAGAAGAAGAAGAAGAUCACGGACACUCGCAUGCGAGCGAAGAGUCACGUGAGCAUGGUCACUCCCAUGGAGCCGCACACGGCCACAUGAUGUCGGUGGGGUUGUGGGUCCUCGGCGGCCUCAUCGCCUUCCUCGUCGUGGAGAAGUUUGUGCGCCUCCUGAAGGGAGGCCACGGACACUCCCAUGCACACUCACACUCUGCUCCCAAGGAGAAGGACAGCGAUGGAGAGGAGGAGCAGGAAGUGAAGGAUGAGAAGAAGAAGAAGAAGAAAGAGGAAAAGGAGCCAAAGAAAGAGGAGGAGAAGACGAGCACAGACAUCAAGGUGUCGGGUUACCUGAACCUGGCGGCGGACUUCACGCACAACUUCACCGACGGCCUGGCGAUCGGCGCCUCGUUCCUGGUGAGCCCGGCGGUGGGCGCGGUCACCACCGUCACCAUCCUGCUGCACGAGGUCCCGCACGAGAUCGGAGACUUCGCCAUCCUGGUGCAGUCGGGCUGCACCAAGAAGAAGGCCAUGUGUCUACAGCUGCUGACGGCCCUGGGCGCCCUGGCCGGCACCGCCUGCUCCCUGCUGGCCGAGGGCGUGGGCGCGGCGGCGACUGCCUGGAUCCUGCCUUUCACCGCCGGCGGCUUCGUCUACAUCGCCACGGUGACGGUGCUGCCGGAGCUGCUGGCGGGGCGCUCCAGCUUCGGCCAGUCGCUGCUGGAGAUCCUGGCGCUGCUGUUUGGCGUCGGCAUGAUGGUGCUGAUCGCCGAGUACGAGUGAGCGGCGCUGCGGCCAGAGAGACGACGGGAGGGGAACAGGUCAAAGGUUAAAGGUUAAUACAAAAAAAAGUAGAAUUCAAGUGGAUUAUUUUUGUCGAGGGUUUUUUCUUUUUUUUCUUUUUUUUAAUCGUUGUGCUCCGUUUAGGGACAAACG